GCGCAGUCCGGCUCCGAGCGGAAGUUGAGCGGCGGGUCGGAGCCGAGCGGCGGGGCCGCGGGUUGAAUCAACGCCGAGGCCGGGAGCGAGGAGCAGCCCCCGGCUGGGGGGCCGAGAACCGGUGGAGGAAUUGCGAAUGGGAAUCUCAGGCGUGAUAGCACAUAGGGUCAGCAGCCUCGCCCAGUUCACCAGCACCUGGAUAUCAUCCGCCUUUGAAUAUGGAAGGAGAAACGCUUGUCCAUUUGACUUCAGACCACAGGCAGUGAGACUCCCACGAAGGGCUGUUGCGGAGCACAGACUGUGGCACGGCUGGAGAGACAUCGCAGGCACGGUGGUGUAGUGGUUAGCGUAACGCUUUACAGCACCAGCGACCCGGGUUCAAUUCCCGCCGCUGUCUGUAAGGAGUUUGUACGUUCUCCCAGUGUGUCUGAGUGGGUUUCCUUCGGGUGCUCUGGUUUCCUCCCACAUUCCAAAGACGUACGGGUUAGGAAGUUGUGGGCGUGCUAUGUUGGCGCCGGAAGCGUGGCGACACUUGUUGGGCUGCCCCCAGAACACUCUAUGCAAAGGAUGCAUUUCACUGUGUGUUUCGAUGUACAUGUGACGUACAGUGGGGAACUGAGAAAGCACAUAUGUGAGGUCAGGAACCAAAUCACAGAGAAGCCACGUGAUUUUUCUGCAAGCCUGUGAAGGGGUGGGCAGCGAUCACUUCAGCGCAGGUUGGGAAAGAAACGCUCAUUGCAACUGGGAACCUGUGCGACACAUCUGGGGGAAGGUGACUUCACCUGAUGCGUGACUGGGAAUGUGUCCACAACAUCCUUGCACCAGUGAAACCACUUCAUUGUUCUGACUGAGAGAAACUUCAAGUGAUCUGUUGCCCCGAUAACAUUCAGAUGUUUUUCACCUGUUUGAGCAAAUUAAUUCAAUCAGUCAUCUUUUUCACCGACUGACCAGUGAGUUUGCGGGGAGAAAUAUCAUUACCUUGCCUCAGGGAUUCACUCAGUCAGUGGACCUGAUGAGAUACCAGCGAGCUCACACUGGUGAGAGGCCUUUCACAGUGGAAGGGGAUUCAUUCAGUCAGCCCACCUCCUGACACAUCAGAUCACGGAACGAACUCCAAGCGAUCCAGUGACCUGAUGAAACGUCAGCGAGUCCACCCCGGGGAGAGGCCGUUCACCUGCUCUCAUUGCGGGAAGGGGUUCACGAAUUCUUUCAAUCUGCAGCGGCACCAGCGAGUCCACACAGGGGAGCGGCCAUUCAUCUGUCGUCAGUGUGGGGAGGGAUUCACUCAGUCAACCCACCUACUGAUCCACCAGCGGGUUCACACCAGGGAGAAACGUUUCACCUGCUCCGAGUGCGGGAAGGGAUUCACUCAAUCCUCCAGCCUGGUGAUACACCAGCAAGUUCACACUGGGGAGAGGCUGUUCACCUGCUCCGAGUGCGGGAAGGGAUUCGCCCAGUCAUCCAAACUGCUGGCUCACCAGCGGGUCCACACCGGGGAGAGGCCGUUCAUCUGCUCUGCCUGCGGGAAGGGGUUCACCCAGUCAUCCCACCUCCUGACGCACCUGCGAAUCCACACCGGGGAGAGGCCGUUCACCUGCUCCGAGUGCGGGAAGGGGUUCAGUCGCUCGUCCAGCCUGCGAACCCACCUGCGAGUUCACACCGGGGAGAAGCCCUUCACCUGCUUUGAGUGCGGGAAGGGAUUUACUCGGACAGCCAACCUGCUGGCGCACCAACGCGUUCACACUGGAGAGAGCCUGCUGUUCAUCUGCUCCGAGUGUGGGAAGGGGUUCAGCCGCUCAUCCAACCUGCUAAUACACCAGAAAAUUCACACUGGGGAGAGGCCGUUCACCUGCCCCGAGUGCGGGAAGGGAUUCACUCGCUCAUCUGACCUUCUAACGCACCAGCGAAUUCACACCGGGGAGAGGCCAUUCACCUGCUCCGAGUGCGGGAAGGGGUUCACUCGCUCGUCCGACCUGCUGAUGCACCAGCGAGUUCACACCGGGGAGAAACCGUUCACCUGCCCUGAGUGCGGGAGCAAAUUUGCUCGGUCGUCCCACCUCAUGAGACAUCGACGGAUUCACACCGGGGAGAGGCCGUUCACCUGCUCUGAGUGCGGAAAAGGAUUCUCUCAUUUAUCCAACCUGAUGAGACACCAGGUAGUUCACACUGGGGAGAGGCUGUUCACCUGCCCUGUGUGUGGACAGUCAUUUUCUUUGUUAUCUAGCCUGACGAGGCACCAGCGAGUCCACACCGGGGAGAGACGGUUCCUCUGUUCUCAGUGUGGGAAGGGAUUCUUUCACACGUCUAGCCUGCGGGCACACAGGCGUGUUCACACUGGGGAGAGGCCGUACACCUGCUCCGAUUGCGGAAAAGGCUUCUCGCAUUCAUCCAGCCUGUGGAAUCACCAGCGAGUUCACUCUGGGGAGAGGCCGUUUGUCUGCUCUCUGUGCGGGAAGGGAUUCAUUCGGUCUAACGUGCUAAUAAAACACCAGCAUGUUCACACUCGGGAGGCAUCGCUCCCUUAGGAGUGGGAAGGGAUCGGCUCGGUCAUCCAGCAGGAAGACGCACCAGUAAAUUCAUUCAGUGGCGAAGCCGUUCGCCCGCUCCGAGUGCGGGGAGGGAUUCUCUCUGUCAGCCGGUCUGUGGAAUCACCAGCGAGCCCACAAGUGACUGCAGGAGCUGGAUUCUCCUGUUGUUACUUCUGAUAAUAUACCCAGGGUUGGACUGUGUUCACUGGCCCAGCCUGGGCUCCUUCUGCUGAUGUCUAUAGUCCCUAUAACUGGGGUAGAUUUAAUG